ACGAGUCCUACGGACACUCAAAACGCUACUCUGUCCCAAGAUCGCAAAGCUGAAGGAUUUCUCUCUCAAGUUUCUUGACCGUUGCUUGCGCCGCAAGCGAUUUUGCUUUUCCAUAUCGAAUCCACGAUGGGGGAGUCGCUCGAUGAAUGGAGACAGUUCUUUAGAACCACAGACACCGAUGUUUUCGAGUUCAUCGAAAAGGCGAUCACGAUCGCCGCGCUCGAUUGCCCGAAAGAUUUCCUGUCGCGAAGGGGUCGUAUCGCGGAGCGGCUGUUCUCGUGCGAGACGAUUGGGCCCGGAGGUGAUUACGCACUCGCGAGUAAAGAAAGCAAGGCAAAGGGUGACAGGGGUAAUGCUGUGCAUGAUGUGGUCAGCAUGAACAACAGUCAUGGAGAAGCUGAAGCACUUAGCGAUGAUAUGGAAGAGACCGCUCCAAUUGUUGGCACAGUUCUAAAGAUCAAGCGGGUUUUAGACAACAGUCAACACGAGCCUGAUUCCGCGCUGCAUGAAUCAUUGAGAAGACUCCAGUCGAUGAACAUCACUGUGGAUGUAUUGGAGAAAACUAAGAUCGGGGUAAGCGUCAACAGUGUCGGAAGGAACUGCAGAUCGAAGCAGAUUGCUCAGCUUGCGCGCAACAUUACUAUGGGAUGGAAGGCUCUGGUCGAAGACAUUUGCCUCAGAACAAACGAUGUCGCUGAUCCUGGCGAUGUCGGAGAUGGAAAAACAUCUUCCAUCAAGGAACCGCGACAGGAGAAAUACGACAUCAACAAGGCCAGUUCACUUGCUAACUGGAACCUGAGGCUGAAUGUGGAUCAGCACAAGGGCACUUUGAACCCCAAUAUGUCCUCAAACACUAACUUGAGGACAGUCCCAGCUAGCGAGGUCGCAUCGCGGAAGUCUGAGAAGGAGAGAAUGCUUCAGUUGCAAAACUCGAAUGGAUCAGGCACGGGAUGCAGACAACCACCCGCCAAUCGACAGGACAAGAUCACGGGCUGGAAGGAAGUUGCGGCGGACGGGAAGGCUCAAGCCGCCAAGAGGAACAUGCAAGGGCUUUAUCAAAAAGCAGAAACGGACAAGAGGCAGCGUACGGUGCAGGUAUUGGACCCUCGUGAUCUCCCAAAGAUGGCGGCAAGUCAUAAGGCUCCAGGCGCCACAACUGCAAAAGCUGGCCGGCCGAGGGCGAUUUCGCGGAGCCACAACGGCAAAAGCUUGCUUGAACGUUUGAGAUCAAGCGAGAGUCGCAUUGUUCACAGUCGUCCUCGUAGCUGAAGAACAAUAUAGGACAGCCGGGUGCUGAUGAUUAGGGUCGUAAUCUAGGAGUUGAUGUUGGAUGAAUUCUUAGCCGGAUAUUUGUAUAUUGCAACCCGUCGUCAAUCAAGACCUUAACUUUUUUAGCCAUGUGAUGCGAUUACAGUUUCUUCCUCGUA